AAGUUGUUGCUGUGGCGGCUCAAAAAGGACAUGACAGCAAUGGCUAGGUCUUUCAAUGGGACCACAAUGUGUGGUACCUUGUGUGUUUUCCAUAAUUGACAGGAUUCGUGUCGCAGUGGCCUGCUGAACUGCCACGAACACCAUGCUCCUCAAAGGAGUGUUCCUUCUCAUGUGCCUGUCUUCAAUGGCCGCUUAUCGGCCGGCCAAAGACAGGGCACUUCCUAAUCCAGAAGAUCUUUCUCAUCUGAAGUCUGAAGAGGGACGUGUUGGACAUAUGAAAAACAUUACCUUGCCAGCUGGCUACAUCGGUUGGGUCGUGGAGCCAUCCUCGGGCCUCAUCGCAAAGGUCUGGCGCGGGGCGCCAGGAGCGGCGGUGGGAUUGCAAGCGGGGAUGCAUAUUGUCAAAGUGGGGAAAGAGGUUUACAGUUUCGCCGCUCUGUAUGAAGAUAUCAAAAAGGCACAGGAGUUGGACCAGACCUAUGAAAUCACAGUGGUGGUGCCGUCCAAUGCGGAAGAGAGAGCAGCAUGGGUCCUCUAUUGCAUGUCAAUGCCUGCAGGCCUUCUUGGCGGCUUGCUGACAUUAAGUUUACCAUGGUUGGCUUACAAAACCAUGAGCAAAGGUUUGGACCUGAACAGCAAAGCUUUCACUUGGCCGGUGCUUUUUGCAUUUGUGGGCUGUGCCAUCGGGCAUUGUUUGGGGAGAGCAGGCCGGGUCUUGCUCGAGUGGAGCUUCGUGACCUAUGGAGGGAAGAUGCUGCAAGUUGGAGAAGUGAUCGUGGUCUUGGGGGUUUGUUGGGGAUGCUUUGCCGUUUGCGGGAAUUCACUGCUCAGCACACCAUUGAGCAAGGCCAUGUGUGCCAUGUCGCGGCGCAUGCAGAUGGUGGCACUUGUUCCUUUGUGCAUGUUUAGUCUUUGCAGGAUUGCAGAUGGUUUGUUGAUGAUGGAUCGACCGACAAGCUUUGACUUUGUAGAUGUUUUGCCACUUCAGCUGGGACUGGCAGAAGUUCAGAUAGAUGCUCAAUACUUAAUGCUCACUUUGUUAGCAUCCCGCAUUUGCAUUGCCGCAUAUCAAAGAAUGAUUGAAGUUGCCGCAGUGCUGCCCGUGCCCGACAGUGCACCGUUCAGGGACUCUGUGCACAAGCCAUGUGCCAAGCUCUUACAGGAGAUCCCCCCAAACCUGUCGCCCUUCGGCUUGCCUGCAAUGCUGAUGUCCUCGGCCGGAAUACUGUCCAUAACCAUCAUAGCUUACAAUCGCGUGGUGCAAAUGCUGUCGUAUUCUGCAGAGUUUUGGUGGUUGAAUAAUUGGAUUCGACUACUAGGGCAUGCUUGCUGGUUUACAAGCAUUUCUCUCUCGGUGGCUUCUCCGCUGAGCAUUCUCUCCUCAGCGCUUGAGGAACUCGAGAGUGGCCUCAAUGAACAGCGACAGCAAGACCCAUCUCGGCACCUUGAGGUAGAGGCAGUGGAGGCAAUGCUAGCGAAGGUGAACCAUGGACAGGGAUGGGGCAUCCCAGUGGUCAAAGGCCUUGUUCUCAACAAGACUAUGAUUCAAGCACUGCUACUGCGAAUAGUGGUGGCAGCAACGGUUAUCAAGGCAUUUCUUGACCGCCAGCUUGGCUUUCAGAAGGAGGAGAAAGAUGACUUCAGUGCGGAGCUUGAUGUCAUAGCGAACCAGGCGGUGACGAACAUCACCAAUUUCAUCAGCAAUCAGACCUUGGGUAACCUGACGGCGCUCACUGCAGAGAUUCUGAAGAACCGCAACUUCACGGCGUGAUGCGUUGGUGA